CUGUAUCGUCUUUAGGACGAAUCAAAUAAACAACAUUGCCUUAAAAGACUCUUUACCAGGUCAUAAAAUGUUUUAAAAAAGAUGAUAAGUCACAACCUGUCUAAUAACACAAAUUCACAACAAUAAAUUUAAUUUAAGAAAAAGAUAGGUACAUAAAUGAACAGCACAAGUGAAAUAUAUAUUGGAGUUUAAUCGGGGCUCGCCCCAUUGCAGCUAUUUGUUGUAUUUCGUAGGUACUGUUAGUGAAGGUGUACAAUCGCAUUUUAAAGAAAUAAUUAGGUUAGGCCGAUAGGUACAGCCACAAAACUAAGAUGAUUUUAAAACGAUUAAUAAAUCACCAAGUUACAUACUGGACCUUCAAAAGGUCUUAUGCCAGUAGAAAUAUUUUAAAAUUAAGUGAACGCGGAAUGUAUCAAGAUUUGUUCCCGAACACUGCGGGAAAAGAAAUAUUAAAUUUGUUGAACAAAGCCCCACAAUGUGUUUAUGCUGGUUUUGAUCCAACAGCUGAUAGCCUUCAUGUUGGGAAUCUACUGGUAAUAAUAAAUCUACUCCAUUGGUACAGAGGAGGACACAAAGUCAUUGCAUUGUUAGGGGGUGCAACUGGGCAUAUUGGUGACCCGAGUGGCAGAAACACCGAUCGUGCAGCAUUACAAAAAGAAGUUAUAGAAAAAAAUAUAAAAUGUAUCAGGAACAACUUGGAAACUAUAUUUGAAAAUCACAAUAAAUACAUCUCAUCCAAAGAUGAUGGACCACCACAAUCACUAAGAAUAGUCAAUAAUGAAGAAUGGUAUAGAAAAAUAGAUUCAAUACAGUUUGUAAGCGAAAUAGGUCGUAAUUUUCGGAUGGGUACAAUGCUGUUAAAACACAGUGUUCAAUCUAGAAUCAAUUCUGAAGUUGGCAUGAGUUUCACGGAAUUUAGCUAUCAGAUAUUUCAGUCAUAUGAUUGGUUACAUUUACUAAAAGAAUAUGACUGUAGGUUUCAGGUAGGUGGCAGUGAUCAGAUGGGUAAUAUCACAGCUGGCCAUGAAUUAAUAAGUAGAACUGCAAAGACAGAUGUUUAUGGUUUAACAUUGCCAUUAGUAACAACAGAUGAAGGGGAUAAGUUUGGAAAGUCUGCAGGAAAUGCAUUGUGGUUGGAUUCAGCAAAAACAAGUCCAUUUAGUUUGUAUCAAUAUUUCAUUCGAACCAAAGAUGCUGAUGUAGAGCGACUGUUGAAGCUAUUUACUUUCUACAGCUUAGGAGAGAUCAGAGAUAUCAUGUAUAAACAUGAACAGCAUCCGGAUCAAAGGUAUCCACAGCAGUGUCUGGCUGAGCAGCUAACGACUCUGGUGCAUGGAAAGGAUGGAUUAGCCCAAGCACAAAGAGCAACAUCUGCUAUUUACAGUAAGGAUAUUAAAUCAUUAGUCUCGUUGAAGAGUGAUGAGUUGGAAAAAGUUUUCGAAGGUGCUCCCGUUACUAGUUUACUAUUAUCACCUGGAAUAACUGUUUUAGAACUUGGAAUGAAAGCUAAAUGCUUCCCGACUGAGAAUGAUGCCAUGAGAAUUAUAGAAGCCGGUGGAUUCUACAUCAAUCAUCAGAAAAUAAAGAAAAUUGAUGAGGUCAUAACGCAAUCAGCACACAUACUACCAAAUCUAAUAUCACUCUUAAGGACUGGGAAACGUAAUUAUUAUAUUGUGAAAUGGCAAACAUAAUAAUUGUUUAUUUUGAUUUUCUGAGAAUAAAACCAAUGUAGACUUUGU